GGGCACCCACUCACCCACUCACCCACUCCCCUCUUUCAUCACCAGGGCACAGCACUGCGACAUCACCCUCUGAUGACGCGAACUACCAUCAUCGUCAUGGUCGUCGACCGUUGCAUAUAGGUAGGCGCGACUGCUGCCCGCAGCAACAAUGCUUCCAUUCCCCCACCAUCAUCGAAUAUCUACACAGUUCUACUGAACAUUGAAUCUCAACAAGCCUCCCACUCCCGUCCAUCAGAUCUCCCCCAUACACUACCACUCAUCAUGGACGCAGCAGCAAGCGCCGUCGGAAAGUUCCUCAACUCGGCCGGCGACAAGGACACCACAGUCGAGCAGGACGUGGCCCCCGCCGUCGAGCACGACACCAUCACCAAGAAGCACGAGACCAAGGAACAAAAGGUCAUCGACAAGGAAAGGCAUCAAGACCACUACCACACCACUGUGCAGCCUCUGAAAGACCGCGAGGUGCAAGACACAAAGCACGACCACGAGCAAGCCCCCACAGAAUACCGCAAAGUGGACAACGAUGCCAAGAGAGACGAUGUGAAGGCACAGGCUGCUUCCGACCGCAAUCAAUACAAGGACUCGACCACUGAGGGCAUGACACACGAGAAGACCACCAAGGAGGGUGACGUUGUCGGCGAGCAGGUCCACCACCACCUGCAUGAGACUAUUCAACCUGUCAUUGAAAAGGAAAUCGUCAAGCCAUCUGUAACACACAAGACCAUUCCCGUCAAGGAAGUCAUUCAAGACCAAUCGCAGAACCACGGCGUGACGACCAAGGAGCCUAUCUCUGUUGGAGAGUUCUCACAUCGCUUGGAUGGGGAGAAGAAGACUGAGCACAAAGUCUCGGGAGAUUUGCCGAGUGAGAAGUAAAGGUAUUGGUAAUUUUACCUUGCCUCUUACUUUCACAAACUUGUAUUUUUAUGAGAUGCUCCAAGGCUCAGCUAGCCUCCUUCCCUGAAUGAAAAUAAUGAUGACUCAUGUUCACAAUCGAUAUUGAAUAUACACAUGUUGCAUUCUCUUCUC